AUGGCGUCGUCCGGCAAGACCUGCGCCGCCUCCGUCCUCCUCCUGCUGCUGGCCCUCGCCGUCGCCACGGCGGCCGACUCGGCGAAGAAGAGCAUCACGUCGGAGCCCAAGUCCAUCUUCUCGAGGCCGUCGGGACCCAUCAUCUCGAGGCCGGCGUCGGAGCCCGCCAUCCCGAGGCCGUCGGCGGAGGUGGACGUGUCGGCGACGUGCAUGGGGUCGCUGCUGGAGCUGAGCCCGUGCCUGGCCUUCUUCAGGGACGCGGGCACGUCCAAGGCGCCCGCGGGGUGCUGCAAGGGCCUGGGCACCAUCGUCCGAGACCAGCCCGCGUGCCUAUGCCACAUCUUCAACCACACCCUGGAGCGGGCCAUCGCCGUCGGCAUCCCCGUCAACCGCGCGCUCGCCCUCAUCCGCGACGUCUGCGGCCUCACGCCGCCCAGGAACCUCAUGGCCAGCUGCGCCAACGCCGGCGCCGUGCCGCCGCUGAGGAGAUGCGUGAGUAAAUUAAAGAUGGCAGCCCCUCUUCCAAGUCGACGAAGGAUGCAUGCAUACGAAUGCAGCUUAUUAUAG